ACUCGGAGUCAAAUCAGUGCUUUAGUCGGACUCGGAGUCAAGCCACUGCUUUAAAGCGAGACAGGCCGAUGCCUGGGAAUUAGAGACGUGUAAUUUGUAAACAAAAUGGGUAAAAUUUAGUUCAGUCAGUGAUAGAGAUUGUUAAUCAAAUGCAAUAGUUAAACAUGCACAAAGUUAAAUUCCGUUUUAAAAUUUGAAAAAUCCGCGAAAUUAUUGUUUUAAGUUUCAUGGAUUCUUAUAACAAAAGUCUCCCGAAACCCGUUUAAUUUUUACUCUUCUCCCAGUGCUGUUAAAACAUGUGAAACAACAGUAUAAAUAUAGCUAAUACAGACUCAAUAUUAACAUCUAUAAAUGAAUCUAAAGAGAAGGACUCGAGACCUAGAUCGACAAAAAGAGAUUUUAUAUAUCAAACUUACAUCUGAUCUGCACUGAUCAGGAUCAGCUGAUUAGGAUACAACAUUUAAUCAUCAGGAUAUAACAGCUAUUCAAGAUAUAACAACUGAUAAAUCAGGAUACAACAGCUAAUCAGGAUACAAUAACUGAUCAGGAUACAAUAACUGAUCAGGAUACAACAGCUGAUAAAUCUGAAUACAACAGCGGAUCAGGAUACAACAGUUGUUCUGGAUACAACAGCUGAUCAGGAUACAAUGGGAGAGAUAAACGCGGAUGAGAGAUCCUGGAUGGAAUAGGAUCGGAUCAAGAACGGAUAAAACUCAAGAAUGGAAAUUGAAUCGGAAAUAUAAAUCUAGAGGAUCCCGGUGAAAUCUGAUCAUGAAAACAUCAAUAUUUUCUAAAAUGUCCCCAGUAUGAGCUGUGAAUAUACAACGCGAACCACUCCGUCAGCGGUCAUGUAUUCGGUUCAAAAAAGUAAAAGUUUCGGCGGAACAAAACACGAACUUAUGGACAUUAAAACUCAGUUUGAAAGAUUGAAAAGUGAAUAUGGCGGAGGAAAAAGUGAUUCUGAAAAAGAGAAAAGUGAUCUUGUAGAUAAAAAAGCUGCCGACGAGCUGCCAAUGACCCCGGAGCUGGGACGAAAAACACCGAAUCUUGGAUCACUCAGGCGAAAGUUUGCUCUGCGAAGUCGGGGUUUAUCGCAGGAGGAUUCCGAGACGGACUCCUCCUGGAAGAAGAAAAACAAGAACAAGGUAGGAAACUUCUUCAAGUGGUUCAAGAAGGAGAGGAUGGAGGAGGAGGAGGAGGAGGAGGAGGAGUAUGGACGGAGCAGGGAGUCAGACCUUUCUCCGCCCCUGGAGAGACGAAACCAGCUCUUCAGCAGUUCUAAACCUAAACCUAGAUCUCUCAGUCUAGAAAGUAUCUGGAGUACUGGAAGUGCCAGCAGCAGUUUUGCUUUUGUACCUGUUCAGCACUAUAAGGUUGGACGAUAUAUUGAACCAAAGAAAAAGAUUGCAAUCAGUAUUAAUUGUGGACCAGAUACUUACAGAGCCCGACUGAACCAGGUUGAGCAGACGAAGGAAAAAGAUCAAGAACUUACACUCCGGACUAAAUACCAUCUUUAUCCCAGUGAUUCUCCCCCUCCGCCGGAGGAGGAGGAUAUAAACCUAUCCAACCAUCUUCCCUUCGGUCAGUUCAAUCCUAAACCUGGCUCUGGGUUGGACUUAGAUCAGACUCCGCUCAAGAAUAUUGACUCAGGAUCCGACUCCGAUAUUACUGUUGAGGAGAAUCCGUCCUAUCCAGCCUUUCUGAACCUUAAAACUAACUCCGGGAGCAAAGAAACCAGUAGAAAAGCGAACCGAGGGAUCCCUGGAGCUACCAGGAUAGAGAACCGGGGGGGUAAGCUCUUAGGCUCAGAUCAGACCAGCUGGGAGGAAAGUGCGGUCAACUCUGGCCAGAUCUCACCUGUGUGCUCCAGUAGCAGUUUACAACAGAGGAUUAAACCUAGACAAUAUUCAGGACAACUCAUUUAUCCGAUCACAAUUAAACCAGAGGAGAAGGAAGCAUUCAUUACAAAUAUAAGUCUAGAUUUAAAGAACGGAGAUUUUAAAGUUUAUGAAUCUGGCAUUAAAAAGUCAGGCCCGGUGCGGGAGAAAGAAUCAGUUAGCAAACCUGAUUUCCUGCCAAAAAAGUCAGCUGACCCCGCAGCUCGGCUUCAGUCUUGUAGUCCUUGCGGAGAUAUCAUCAACGUAGCCUCUUCUCUUUCCAGCGGGUUCGUUUCCCCUAGGGGAUCCUUGUACAGUGAAGAUCAGAGACCUAUAUAUCAUGCAAUUGGAAAACGUCGUGCUCCUGACCCACCCGGAGUAAUUGAUAGACAAUCCCCCAGCAGUAUCUAUAGUGAUGGAUCUCAAUCAUCUAGUAAACGUGGAUCAAGGAAGAAGAACCCUGCUCCUCCUCCGCCCAACCCCUUCUCAAUCAUCCCGUCUUCCAGAACAUCAUUCUCCCUGGAAACUCUAAACAUAAAUGGUGUUGAUACAGAUCUAGAAUUGUCUGCCAGCCAAAGAAACAAGUCUUUACAGUCCUUUAAGUCCCUGAACUCCUCUCAGUUAGACACAAACUCUCCCAGCUUAAAAAUGAACCCGGAGAAUGAUUCCUGGGUUCUAGAGGACGGAGUUCUCAGAUCCUCUCGUGAUAGUAGAUCUGAUCUAUCUACCCUUCCAUUUGAAGAGAAGGAAGCAAAGGAUAAUCUACUGAAAGCUCCGAUGUCACCUAAACCCUGGUAUAAGAGAAGUAUCCGGGACACACAGGAGAAGAAGAGUAAAGAGAAGAAGGAGAAGAAAGAUAAAUCUCCUGAGAAUCUGCCGGAGAUUCAACCCGGGAGAGAAAGCAUAAAAGUUCAGGAGAGUUUUGAAGAAAAAUACUCUUACUUCACAAGAAUGUCACGUGAGAAUAUAAACGAAAUGCCGCGUAGCCCUAAACAAUUUUUGCGCAGUAAACUCUUAACAAGCUCCCCCAAACCAGACCGCCCAACAUCAAGGCCGAUUUCUGGGUUAACUGGAAUCAGUGAUCUAGACAGACAGGCAGCCGAAAUUAUCAGGAAGAAGAACGAAGAGGAUGCUGCGAAGAAAAAGAAGGAAGCCAAUGAUAAGUUUUACGAAGCUGAACCUGAACCUCAGGCAGUUAUUGACACUAUCAUGGAGAAUAUGUCCAGGAGAAUGCUGGACUUUGACCGGAAGCAAUCAUUCUCCAACUCCAAACACCCAAGUCAAGAUAUAAAUCAGUUUAUAAAUAGAGAUAAGAAAAAAGAAAUAUUGAUUGCAAAUGUUGGCUGUGAAUCUGAAGGGCUUGAGAAGAUAGAUGAACUAAUGAACACAACUGUUGUGAAUAUGGACAGUGUUGUAUCCGACCUAAAUAGUUUCCUUGCAUCAACUAGAAGGGCAAUGAGCUCACCAGCUCAACAGAAGAGAAAUGCCUCAUUACCCGGAUCUCAAAGUAGUAAGAUCAGUUCACUCUCCAACUCUCAACCCAAGGCCAGUUCUUUCUCCGGGUCCCAACCAAUGAUCAACUCUUUUUCCGAACCCAAUAGCAAAAGUAGUUUUACAUCCAGCUCCCAGAGUAAGCCAAACACUGUUUCUAUUAAUCAUUCCCAAGUAACCUCUCAGAAUUCCUCUUCUCAGGGUACCAAAGGCAGCACAAAUUCCAUCAGCUUAGCUAGGACAGAGUCUCCUGUAGAAAAAGCGGGGAUCAGUACAAUGCAGGGUAAACCAGGGCAACAUAGUACUAAGAGCAGUCCAGUAUCAACUAACAAUAGCAUUUGGCAAUCCAAACCGGGAGCAUUAAAUAAGGGUUAUGGAAACGGAAACCGGAACUCUCUCAACAUCAGUAUGAUACCGGAAGUUAGUGAAAACAGUUCAUCUCAAUCAACACCCCAUGAAGGAAAUGCUUUCUUUCGAGACCAAGAGAGGAAUAAAGGUGUAGUGCACGACAACAGAAACAGUCGAUACCUAGAAAAUCUCCCUAAAUCAAACCUUCCCCCUCCUCUCCCUUCCUAUUUACCCCCAUUAGCAGUUGAGAAGGCGGAUGGAUGGUCUUGUAACCGGUGUACCCUAUUAAAUUACUCAGCUCAGAUCUGGUGUGAAGCGUGUGGAGGGAAAAGGUUGGAAGCUGCAGGAGUAGAAGAAUCUAUGUUGAAGGAACAAUCAGCUAUUCGAGAAUGUGAUCUAGACAAGGAGGCAGAGGAAGCUCCUCCACGGGUUGGUCAUGUUCUAGAUAAACUAGUUCUUUUCUCAUCCAUUGAAGCAAGGGCUCAAGAAACUCCAUCCUUGUCCCGGCGGCGAUCUGGAGAAUUUAAUAAUAUAUCCAAAACUCAAAGCUUCUCAACCAAAUCUAUGGGAGCAAAAGUUGAGAAUCCUCUACAAAGAACUUUGGAAAGAAUUUCACAAAAUCAAGCACAACUUACUAAACCGUCCGCUUUGCUUACCCCAAAGCAGAAUCAACAAAAGCCUGGAGUUCAACCCUAUGUAACUGUAAUUGAAUCUGACAUGACUGAUUGUGAAUCUCCCCAAAACUCCAGAUCAAAGAUAAUCAAAGAACAAAAAAGGUUACUAGAGCAGGCUCAGUUAAAUCUGCUGAAGCAAAGGCAGCACAUGGAGAAACUUGAACUUGCAGAGCAGACCUCUAGUCUUCCCAGAACUGCCAUUAAACCAGACAGUGACGAAAACACGGAGAAAAAUGUGAUGAUGGAGAAAUUAGAGAUCAUUGAAACAAACUCAGGUCCUGAGUCUAGUAUAAAGAGCUCGCCCGGAGUAAAAAGAUCAUCCUCAUUUAAAGGAAGUUUUGAUUUUACUAAGACUCCAAGAUCCUUUCUUAACCAAGCGCCUAUAAAAAUCUCUGAUCCAGAGAGUAUCCUAUUGACCAGGAAAAUAAACAAACCAGAUAACAGUCAGAAAAUAAUACAGGGAUCAAAGCAAGAUUUCAAAAUGCCAAAAACUAACGACAAUAAAACAUCAUUUUCUAAUCAUUCAAAGAAACCUGAAACCAGUGUCAACAAAUUCUCAAACAUUGCUGCGCCAUUUUCUGAAGAGGCCAAAAAUAGGAAAAUAAGUAAUGAUUCAGAUACUCAAUCAACUAAAAAUCUAGAAGAUGAUAGGUUAGCUCCUAAAUUUACAGGAAAAUCUGAGGAAUCUGAAAAAUUAGACAUUAAAAAAGUGUCUGAAACCAACAGUACCAGUGUUCCCAAGCUUGAAUUCUUAAGUGCUAAUAUUUCUAGGAAAUAUUCUGGAACGGAUCAGCAACAUGUGAGACAGGCCAGACUAGAGUAUUUCAAUGGACCAGACAAAAUCAUGGAAUCAAGUAAUAUAAUUCUUCCUAAAAAACAGUCAACUGUAUCCAAUAGCAAUAAAACCUCCUCUGUCCCAAAAGAUAAAUGGGAACAAAUAACAACCAAAGAAGUUCCAAAAUUAUCAACUCCAGAGAAAAUACCAAAGCUACCUGCCAAACGAUCAUCAGAACCUCACUAUGCCAAACCAGUUUCCCCACCACGGCCUGUCACGCCUCCUAGACCUGCUGGACCACCCCAGCCAGAGUGUACUACCAGAUCUUCCUGUGUACAACAAAGUGCUCCACCAAGACCAGAUCUUCCUUCCUUAUCCACUCAGUCAAUCAAACCAGUUCAGCAGCAAGCAGUAACAGCAAAUAUCUGGCCUAAACACAAAGAUGUAGAGAAAAAUCAGUCAUUAAAUCAAUCUAGAGCAAAUACUGGGCAGGAAAAGCAGGCUUCAAGAAUACCAGUUUUGGUUAAAUAUAACUCUCCUCCUCUAACCUACACCCCUGAAACUAGAUCUAGAUCCACUACUCCAUCUCUGACCUACUCUCCGGUACUCCAUAGAUCUGAGAGUAGAUCCAACACUCCCUCCUACUCAUCCUACUUCCAACAACAAGGACAGAAUAGACACUCCUUUCUAGCUAGAAAUACCGACUGGAGACAAAGCAAGAUAUCGGAUUAUGAUUCCGACUACUCACAGUUUGAGAUGAGCAGAGAUUAUGUAAGAUCUCCUAUACUGUAUACAGAAAGCAAUCUAGCAAGAAUAGGAUCAACUAGUAUUAUCUCUGAAUCUAAUUACAGUGCAAUCACCCCUGAUGUCUCUAGAAAACUCAGUUUAUCCCACAAAAUUGAACCAAAAUUUUCAAAAGACUUUGGGUUUGUGUCCAGUAAGAAAGAAAGUAUUCCUAAACCUCCAAGACGAACCCGGAGUAAGGAUGUAUCCUCUAGACCUGGAUCAAGGAUAUCCAACUCAUCCCGUCCUUGCUCCAGAACCUCGAACCCAUCUAGAGAAACGACUCCUGUAAAUCAAAUACCUAAGGAUCAAACUCCCUUGGCCUCUCCUCUUCGUCCAAACAGAUUCAGGAACAAAACCUACUCUCAGACUGAUGGUAGAACUCAGAGUAGACCUCGGAGCUACCAGGAUUAUACUCCCGAACCUCUUUAUGAAAUCCUUACUCCGCUCAAUACAUUUCCCUCUAAGAGUAAAUCUGUGUAUUCUUCCAGUUCUUCAGAUUCAGAUUUUCUCACCCCUCAAGCUUCUCCAAAAAUAUCCAGGUCGUCUUCAAGAUCCCAUUCUCAGACCUAUAAAGCGGAUCCUACGCAUUUAAGUUAUUCCUACGAGAAUUUCCAAGACAAUCCAAUUCAGAAGGAUCGAAGACGGAUUCCCCGGGCUGCAAAGAACACUGUUGAGUAUACAGUGUCAACUAGGAUUGAUAAACCAAGGAAGGUUCCUCCUAGAGCUAGCCUUGAACCUAUCCCAACCCCUCGGAAAUCCACCCUUGGUAGAUCAAGGGAUGGGAGUAGGGAGAAGGAACCUUAUUACAAGAUUCCUCCCCCGAACCCUGUACCGGUCAACCACUCUGACCACCUCUACUCGGAGCCCGUGUAUAAAUAUGCUAAAAAUGCAAGACGAACACAGUUACCAAAACAAGCCUCGUUUGCUUCUGAUGAAUCAAACACAUCUGAACUCUCAGAUAAUUAUGAUUUUGUGAGCAUCAAGGAGGAGCAAGCUGAAAUUCCGGUGAAAGAAAAUAAAUCUAAGAAGGCAGAAAUUAGGACCAAGAAUAAGAAAACUGAAUUAGAAACAAAAACGUUGGAAAAAGACUCUUCUUUAAGUUCUCGUUCUAGUAAUAAGAGCAAGAAAAAUUCAGAGACUACUGAUGAUAAAAACUCGGACAAAAAGCCAAUGAAAAGUUCUGAAAACAGGACGAAAAAAGUUCCUGAACUAGUCUCCAACUAUGUCCCUGUAGAGAUGCCCUUGCGCCCGGACUGGUUCGAUCUCCAGCCUCCAUUGGAACCGGAGCAGCGACCUAAAUCAAUCAUAGAUGGUGUUCUCUACACUUCACGUUCUUUACUUGAGACAAAUCAGAAAUCCAAACCUUUAGCUUUCAAUCUUAUUCUACCGGAGAUAUUUGAAACCUAUGAUGUGUGCAGACAUCAUCCAAAGCUGGGAAAAGAAUCUAGUUCUGAAAAGUUGAAAUUUUAUGAUAAAAAAGAGCCUAAUCUGAAAGAUUCUGAAAAAAAGGAACAACACCGGAAAAAUUCUGAUAGAACAGAACUAAAUCUGAAAGAUUCUGAUGGAAAAGAACCAAAUCUAAAAAGUUCUGAAAGGAAGGAACCAGACCGGAAAGGUUCUGAUAGAAAAGAACCAGGUCUGAAAAGUUCUGAAAGGAAGGAACCAGACCGGACAGGUUUUGAUAGAAAAGAAUCAAAUCUGAAAAGUUCUGAAAGGAAGGAACCAGACCGGAAAGGUUCUGAUAGAAAAGAGCCAGAUCUGAAAGGUUUUGAAAAGCUAGACAAAAGUGAAGAUCUGAAAAGUUUUAAAAAGAAUAAUGUUAAUGAAAGUCAAGGAAAGGAGGAAUCUUUUGAAGGUCGUCUUCAUGAUGACGUAUUUCUGAGACAGGAUUCCUAUGAGAAUACAGCUCAUUUGGCCCCGCGCUCGGAGGUUAUGAGAGUUGAAGCGCGCCCCGACGUACGCCUUGAAGCGCGUUCUGAAACUAGAAAAUCUUCAUCAGAUAAUUCAUUUAAACAGACGGAUGAUGGGGAGAGAGUUCGAUCUCUCCUGGUUGGAGGAGGACAAGGAGGAGGGGGAGGAGGACAGGAGGAACAACAAGAUCUUCUCCUGCGACUAGAGGAUGCCAUAUCAAGAGGCGAUCAUAGAUACGCUGCUGCACUAGCGAAGCAGCUUUCCAAGAUCAAGAUCUCCUCCAGGCUUGUAGAACAAGAGGACCGGAGCGGAACCCAACCGGAUCCUUUACUCCAGGAUACAGGCAAACUAGGGAAGGAAGAGAGGAAAAGAAUUGGAGCAGAGAGACAGAUUAGCAAGGAAAGCAAGGAAAGCAAAGAAAGUGAUAAACCAGUUUCUAAACAAACCAUCAAGGUUCAGAUGUAUGUUGAGGAUGCAGUCUCUGCUCAGGGUCCUAUUUCAGUAGAAAUCAACCCUGCUCAUUCAGUAGCAGACCUUAAACUCCAGAUUGAAGGAGAGUUUGAGAUCCCUGUCUCCGUGCAGAGGUGGAUACUGGGUAGAAACCUUGUAAUUGAGGAUACGCAGACAAUAUCAUCCCAUGGAGUAGAGAAGGAGAACCAGAAGAUCUAUCUAUACCUUGUUCUGCCAGAGGAAAAGGAACCGGAACCGGAAGCGCCAGCAAAGCAAGAACUUCCGGUCACGAACUCUCCUCCUCAUCACAGGAUACCUCCCUCAAAUCAACCUUUUGUAAAGGGAAGAUAUUGGAACUAUGAAGAGGAGAGAUGGAGUUUCUGUAAUUCUGAUGAUGAUGAAGAGAGAACAGAUGAGAUUAAAGAUAUGGAGAAAACAGAAAAUAUGAAGAAGGAGGAGAAGGAUAAGAAGGAGGAGAAGAAGCAGAAGGAAAAGGAGAAAGGGGAGCAGAAGGAUGUAGAAAAGGAUGAAAAAGGAAAGGAGGAGGAUGGAGAAUGGGAGUAUUACUACGAAGAUGUGGAGGAAAAGAAAGAUAAUGCCAAGGAAACGGAAAAAGACAUAGUUAAUGACAAGGAACGGAACGAAGAUCAUGUUCCGGAAAUAUUUCCGCAGAAAGUUCCGGAGAAUAUUGCUGAAUGGGAGUGUCCUGUCUGUACUCUAAAGAACCCUCUAGAAAGACCAGGAUGCCAGGCUUGUACUACUGAACGACCGGCUCAACUAGGAGCAGCUGCUGCUCCAGAACCAGCUGCCAAUUUACCAGAAGCAGAUCCUCCAGGAGAAAAAUCAGCUAAGACUGGAGGACUAGAUGCGUAUAAACAGCUGGAAAACCUUGAUAUUAUUCCUAACGCCGAAACUUUUGAAUGUGUAAUCUGCUUUCUAGAGAUUGAACCUGGAGAUGGGGUUGUUCUUAGAGAGUGUUUGCAUACUUUUUGCAGAGUUUGUUUGGGAGCUGGAAUAGAGCACUCAGAUUCUCCAAAGGUUAAAUGUCCUUUCAAGGAUGAUAACUACUCCUGUGAUAUGGAUCUACUAGAGAGAGAAAUUAAAGCGUUGGUGAGUCCUGCUGUCUACGAAAAGCAUCAGAAGAAGUCAGUGAAGGAAGCUGAGGCAAAUAUAAAGGGGGCAUUCCAUUGUAAAACACCAGACUGUGCUGGAUGGACAGUAAUUGACGACAACGUGAACGUAUUUAAGUGUCCUCUGUGUAAACGAAGCAACUGUAUAACUUGCCAGGCAGUACAUGAUGAUAUGGACUGUAAGCAGUAUCAACAAUAUACUCUCAAUGAUGCAAAUGAUGAGAACACAAAGAAAACUAAACAAUGGAUAGAUGGAUUGAUCGGAACCGGUGAAGCUUUAUACUGCCCCAGCUGUCAGGUUUUACUACUAAAGAAGUGGGGAUGUGACUGGGUACGGUGUACAUACUGUAGAACAGAGAUAUGCUGGGUAACUAAGCAGCUCAGAUGGGGACCUAAUGGUCGAGGUGAUACAUCUGGAGGGUGUAAGUGUAUGUUGGAUGGAAGAACUAAAUGCCACAAGCUCUGCAACUACUGCCAUUAAAUUGGGGUUUCCAACGCAAAUGGAAUUUACUUGCUUGCAAUUGCGAGCACUGUCAUUCCGCAGAGUUCUUCGCAAUUCGAAAAAAUCUCCGCGGCAAUUCCGCGCAAUUGAAUUCCUAUUGGAAA